CUGAGAGCCAGGCGGAGCCGCCGGCGUGCGCACCUAGAAGCGCAGAAGCCGCUGGUUGCCGUGGCAACGAGGAGCCGUUCAGAAAAGUUGGACUACAUCUGACACGUUUCGUUUUCCUUUCAAUUGUCAAUUUGCUAAUACUAUGGGACUAUGCAGAAGAAUGGAAGUUAUCAUAAUGUAAUGUUAGCAAUUAUUAAAGCCACACCACAGUGUUUCCUGAUUCCUGAGACAGCAUGCUAAGAAAUAAGGAUCGUUCAUCUAACAAAGGUAACUUAGCAGUCACUGCAGUUGCCUUACAGGACCACCUAUUACAUGAUCUUCAACUUGGACAUCUCUCGGUAGCAGAUCCUUGUAAGAUAAAAGCACGAAAGAAAGAGAGGAAGUCAAAAUCUCUCAAAAGAGAUGCAACAGCCAUCAUAGAUACUGGGCUUAGAAAAACUACAGAGGGUCCUAACAUGGAAGAUACAGAGAAGGAAUAUGUUCUAGACCCCACACCACCACCAUUAACUUUAGCCCAGAAACUAGGCCUCUUGCCACCUCCCCCGUUGCCACUGUCAUCAGAUGAGUGGGAGAGAGUGAAGCAGAGAUCCCUUCUACAAGGGGACUCCAUUCAGCCAUGCCCAAUAUGUAAAGAAGAAUUUGAGCUCCAUCCCCAGGUGCUGCUUUCCUGCUCACACGUAUUCCAUAGGGCAUGCCUUCAGGCUUUUGAAAAGUUCACAAAUAAAAAAACCUGUCCCCUCUGUAGAAAGAACCAAUAUCAAACAAGAGUGAUACAUGAUGGGGCUCGCCUGUUCAGAGUAAAGUGUGCCACCAGGAUCCAAGCCUAUUGGCGAGGGUACAUCGUUAGAAAGUGGUACAGAAACUUGAGGAAAAUAAUCCCGCCUUCGGAUGCCAAAUUAAGGAGAAAGUUCUUUGAGGAAAAGUUCACAGAAAUCAGCCACCGAAUCCUGUGCUCAUACAACACCAACAUAGAUGAACUCUUCUCAGAAAUUGAUGUCUGCUUGGCGGUAAAUCGUAGCAUUCUUCAGCAGCUAGAUGAAAGGUGUGGCCAGAUAAUCACCGAGGAGGACUGGGAGAAAAUCCAAGCACAGGCUGCUCACCAUGAGAUCUAUGAAUGUUCCAUCUGCCUGACUCCACUCUCCUUUCAUGGCGAUGGCCGGCAAGCAGCCAUAGGGACCAGCAGCCAGCGUCCCAGAGAGACAGUCCUCCUGUCCUGUGCACAUCUGUUCCACAAUGCCUGCCUCCUGGCUUUGGAGGAGUUUUCUUUAGGAGACAAUGUCCCUUUCCAUGUCUGUCCUCUCUGUCGCUCCUGCUACCAAAAGAAAAUUGUUGAAUGCUGAAUUCGUGUCCAGGAAGUUAAAUCUCUGACUAGAACAAGAAAGGGGUAAAGGCUAUCCUGCCUUUGGAUGAGCUGCAUGGGUUUGGGGUAGAGGACUACACUGCUGACUGUUCUUUGUGAUUAUAUAGAGGAAAUAUAAGUACCUAUUUAACUGUGGUCUUUAUUGCAUUAAAAACAGCAUGUUCAUUUGUUGAAUUUAAAUGAGAAGUAGUGUUAGUUAA